AUGCACUACCUCUACGGUGGCCACGAUCAGUCCUCGCCUAGUGAUGAGAUAAGAAUGUCUAAAUGCUCUGUUGACACUAUAAUACGAAGAACCGUGGAAAUCGGCCGAGAGUUUUGCGAUCGUCUGCGAGCAAGCUUGUCGGAAUUUUCUCCACUGGAACUUGACUGGCUGUAUCGAACGGCAGCGACUUUGAUUUAUCUGCAGCAGGAAUCGAACGGUGCUCCUUUCGACGACGGCGUAAUGCAUAUCAAAAAUGUUCUUAAGCAGGUCAAUGCUCGCUGGCGGGCCGCUGGGUCCUCAGCCGUUUAG